AUGCAACGCGCGGAUAAGGUGCUGCAUGGGGUAGCAUCGCUGAACGCAGACAAUCUCCGUGCGUGUUCCUCGAAGGUUGACAAGGACCGCUUGCUCGCCGACUAUGUGCGGUCACAGAAGACGUUUGUAGCUGUUCAUGCCGCCCAGGGUCGCGCCGUCACUGCGGAGUGGGAGCAUCGCUUGGAAGAAGAAGCUUCUCCCGCUAUUUCUGCGUUGUCCGAGGCCCCUGCAGAACCGGACGCCCGAUCCCAAACGCCAGUGUUGAAACCCCGAGUUCCUGAACGAAAGCAGAAGGGCGAAAUUAACAAGCCUGCUGUCUCGUGCACCUCGAGAGCAAGAAAGAAUGCGAAAAGACUUGAGCACUGCAAUGCAGCUUCUGAUAAAGACUCCGACAAAGAAAAUCGCGCGACGAAAAUACGACAGCCCAUUGCACUCGCUUCAUUAUCCUCACCACCUCAGAAAAUACCUAGUUUGAAGAAGAAGAAAGAAUCCAAGCUUCACGAAGUAUCCAAGGCGCUAACGAAGAAGUCCACCAAGAAACGCCCGAGGAGUCCAGAGAGCGAGAAUGAUGAACAUGCUGCUCGACUUGCAGAGCGAAGGGAACGGCGACGAGUCAAGAAGGCCAUCGUAGAUCCGGAUAUCACCAUGAUUUGCACUAGUUCUGGCGAGGAACGGAAGCAAUCUGCACUCCGAGGGAAGAAGAGAAGCAAAGCCAAGAAUCCGAAGGGAGUCAGUAUGUCUGCGGGUCUCGCGUUGAUGCACGGGUUUUCGGCGACGAACAUAGGAAAGAACAGAUUGACGCACAAACUGGACUUUGUUACAGGUGUCUUCAACAAGGGAAAGGCUUCCGCUAAAGUGGCCGUCAAGAAACCCUCUGAACGUAAGAUAUCAGCCAGAAUCUUCUCUGAGAGUCAAUUCCUCAGCAAGACUAGACCUAUUGAUCAGGAUGCUGCAUUAGCAUCCAACGAAUCGUCAUCUCUCUCGGAUAGCGCGUCUGAACGUUCACUUGACGUGCGAACAAGUUCCGAACUGCCGAUCUUGGAGGCGGAUAACCCGAAGGGAAAGAAGAAGAUCUCAAGAAAAAAGAACCAUGUAGCGCGAGUAACAGAGAAGGUCUCCACAGGUAGCCUUCCUGUGAAGAGACGUAAGAGGGAAGACGCUUCGGUGAUCUGGGACAUCGAACUCGAUUCAAAAGCUCUAGCGUCUGCGUCUGCGUCUGCCUCGGAUACGUCUGCGAACCCAGGAGAUGCGUCGAUCACACUCAAUACUCGGGCUUCUAAGUGGGGAGAGGGUAAGGUAGCGAUUCCUACUCAUUCUCCAUCGCGUGGCUCUAUGGGCGGUGUCAAUGCAGUCGACGAAGAUUCCUCCCUUGUCGAAGAUCGGAAGGGCGGUUUCGGAAUUGGAAAGGACAGUUCCCUGGAUCUUGCCAACCCUGUUCUAGGCCGUUCCUCCCCUUCUCUGGGUCCAUCACAGUCCGCGUCUCAGCAUUGUCUGCGCGUUCCUCCCGCUGUGAGCCCGUUCAUUCCUGACACCGUCUCCAAGUUCUUUGCGCCUGCGCAUGACCGAAAAGGACUUGACGAAGUUCAUCGGGCCAGCCAUGAGAACACCGCUGCUCGGGUGGAGGAAUUUUUAUCUGAUGGCGAAGAACUCCCUGUCCUUACUGCUCCUCCGAUCGAGUCAUUGAAGACUUUGGAUCAUCCCAUGAAUGAUAUGCAGGCAAUGUCUCCCACUAGUAACGUUGACCGUCCAUCGCUUCCACAUCACAUUCUUUCUUCACCCGUCUCUGUGGACACUCUGGACCGUGCGUUGCAAACUCUGGAUGCCGAUCGUUUUCCUGUCUGCGCAGACUGGCCCGAGGCGAUGACUCCUCAACGAUACGGCGCACCUAGCUUCCGCAACGAUAUGACCCGAGUGGACUGCGACUCUGAGGAUCCCGGGGAUCACGCACACAGCGACCGCGAGUACGAAGGGCUUCAACGUAUCUUCGCACAAAUGACACCUGGUUCGUUUCACGGUGAUCAAAAUACGCAACUCUACUACUCUCCGAACUAUGGGCACUCGGCCGAGAUGCAUGUUAUUCACGACAGUCGUUACCAUCAAGCGUCCGCCUCAUGGCUGUCAGACGCUGCUGACUAUGACGACGACCUGGUAUCCGAGAUCGAGGAAGAUGUGUCCGCUUAUACCCAGCAUGGCUCAUACUCCCUGGCUUCUACCUGCGUUCCGAUUCCCGUGGACUGCGAAUUAGCACCCGAUCGAGCGAAUUACUCGGUUUCUGCGCCCUUUUCCCAGAUGGGCGACUUCGAUCCUGGCUUUGAUUCACGUUUCCCGCAUAGUUUCCAGGACGCAGCAGAAGAGAACGUCGCUCUAGAAACGCAGUCUUCGUGGUCGUCCUGUUACUCGGCAGUCGAACCGUCCGACGAGGUCGAUGGAAGUCUCCGCUCGACCGAGUCUGCCACGGUUGCUUUGCGGCAUUUCUCUCAGGGCCGCGCACUUCUCCUUGGGAUGGCCGAUGAAGGGAACGGCCGUGCUGUUGUGGCUGAGCAACGCACCGUCGGGUUUGACACGGCAGAGCAAGCUGUCGCGCGGAGCUUAAGGGGACAUUGGUUACCUCAGAGGCUGUAA